UUGUUAGGAUGGAAUUGGCUGGAAUUGGAAUUAAUUUCCAAAGUCAUCUUGUUUGGUUGCUCCCGGAAUUGGAAAGAGGGAUUCCUCAGGAUUCCAACUCUAUCUACCGCACAUUCCGACCCUAAAAAGAGGAAAUCGUUUCCUCGGUCCCGAGUCCCGACCGCGACUAUUCCUCUUUCCCCCCGCGCGCGCCGCCCCGACUCCUUCCCCUUGCGCCGCCGCCCACUUCCUCCGCCGCCCCCUCCUCCACUUCUCCGCCGCCCCCUCCUCCACUUCCUCCAUCGGCCCCCUCCUCCGCUGCCCCCUCCUCCGUCGACCCCCUCCAGAGCCGGCACAGAGUGCGCCGCCCGUGCACAGAGUGCGCCGCCCGUGCCGCUCCUCCGCGCGAGCAGCUUCUCGCCGGCGACCACACGCCACGCGGUGAGCCGAGGCUGUAGACAGAUCUGAGGGAAGGGAAGCAUAGGGACGGGAGGAGGAGGAGCUCGGCAGCUAUCCAUUUUACUCACUGGAAGAUCGACGUGCAUCACCAAUACUCCUGCCUUGCUACUGGUUAAGGCGUUGCUGGGCGGCUUCAAGAAGGGUGCAAGGAACUGAUAUGCUGAGGCAUUGAUACAUUGAUAUGGAGAAGGGCAAGAAGUCAGGCUCGGGCAGGGGUUACAUUUCUUGGAAUGAUGACAUGGACAAGGCUCUUCUUGACACAUUUGUGGAGUACUAUAACAAGGGUGACAGAUGCCAGAAUGGGUGGAAGUCUCAUGUCUAUACAACUGCUAUCAAGAAUGUCCGAGAAAAGUGUAAUGUGGAUAUCUCAAAAGACAAUAUCAUGGCGAGGAACAAGACCUUUGACAAACACUACACUAUCAUCAAUGGUAUGCUGGAAUCAAGUGGAUUUGGUUGGGAUUGGAACAAAAAUAAAAUAUCUGUUGAUAGUGAUGCUGUAUGGGAAGAAUAUGUGGCGAAAAACAAAGAAGCUUCUGGUUAUAGGCACAAGACUGUCUUGUACUGGGACUCAAUCAGCUUGGUGUUUGGCAAAGACCAUGCUACCGGUGAAGCGGCAAGGACUGCAGCUGAGAGCUCAAAAGACAUGAGUAAGGAAGAUCUUAGUAACAAAGAGCCCACAUCAUCGGCAACUUCAGGAAGUUUAAAGAGGCAACGGUCAGGCGACUCUUUUACCUCUAUGAUGGCUGAAAAACUAGACAAGUUUGCUGAAGCACUAAAGGAGGAAGCCCCUAAAGGACCAACAUCAAAAGAAAUUCUAGACACACUGAAUGAAGUACAAGGAUUGGAUGAAGACACUUUGUUGGACCUAUUUGAUAUCCUGACCGGUGACGCACGCAAGUACGAGUCUCUGUUGGCGCUUCCAGAGAGGAUGAGGAAGAGGUGGCUUCUAAAACAGCUCAACAAGUGAAGAAACUAGUUCAUCUAUAUCAAGUGAUGGAUAAUAUCUAUUGAACUUGUAAUAAUAUGUAGCUCAUCUGAAAGUAUUAUCUUGUAUUUUAUCUGUAUUUUCCUAGCUGGAGGUAUGUAACUCGUGUAUGAUGUGGUUUUCUUCGAAAACAGUGCUAAGUAUUAGUCUGAAAACA